ACCGCCGCUCGUCGGGAAGCAGCGCCUCCCCGCGUACGCGCCGGCUCCUCGGCGAUCUUGACGGUCCUCCCUUCUCCACGCGCCGUCUCCGGUCCAGGGCGGGGCUGACUCGCCGCCAAACUGAAUUGGGCUCCGGCCGGCAGAAGAAGAAAACUUACCCCGGGCCGAUCCAUGGAGCAGAGUGGGAAGGUUCUGUCCGUGGGCGCGACGCAGAGAAGCGGACAGCGGGCGCGUGUGGGCCACAUCCUCCCGGAGCGUCUCCGCCGCCGGCUCCACCGCGACUGAGCGCGUUAGAAAAGCACGGGACCGGGUUCGGCUUCGAACAUCUGCGGGCUGGGAAGGAGAGGCGCGUUUAUUCCUGCGCCGCGUCAAGAUGAUGUGACAAAUCCGCUGCCUGGGAACGGAUCUGUCAACCCGGAUUUUUUUCUUCCACUGUCGGAGAUCAUCGGAGCUGCUUGUUAUAAGGCUGGCAGGCCUUGGGUGGGACAGGGAACAUGGCUGAACCACGGCGGGAGAGCACCAGCAGCCUGCAAAGGAAGAAGCCUCCGUGGCUCCGACUGGACAUCCCCGCGGCUCAGAUGUCGCUCGACGAGCCUCCCACAUUCGUCCAGCCGGUGAAGCGGCAGGGGUUCCUGCGCAGCGUCAGCAUGCCGGCGGACAACUCCCACCUGCAGUCGCCGCCGCGCGACCUCUUUGACGCCCGGCGGCCGGUCUUACAACGCCAGUCAUCCAUCACUCAGACUAUAAAGAGCAGCAGGAGGGUGCACUUUGAGCGGAUUAGCACGGUGCCCGUUAAGGGCCAGCGGGCGGCUCGCCGCAGCGCCAGGAAGCACCACUCGCUUUCCAGAACCCUGCUCAGGGGAACGGCGGACUGGUUCGGGGUCAGCAAGGACGGCGAUGCCACGCAGAAAUGGCAGCGGAAGAGCCUCCGCCACUGCAGCCUGCGCUACGGGAAGCUGAAGCCGCAGGUGAUCCGAGAGAUGGACCUGCCGAGCCAGGACAACAUCUCUUUAACCAGCACUGAGACCCCGCCUCCUCUCUACGUCCCCAGCUCGCAGCAUGGCAUGCAAAAGAUCGUGGACCCGCUGGCGCGAGGGCGGGCCUUCCGCAUGGUGGAGGAGGUGGAUGGCUACAGCGUGCCUCAGACCCCCAUCACCCCCGGAGCCGCCUCCAUCUGCUCCUUCACCAGCUCCCGCUCAGGUCUCAACCGGCUGCCGCGCCGGCGCAAGAGGGAGUCCGUGGCGAAGAUGAGCUUCAGGGCCGCAGCAGCGCUGGUCAAGGGCCGUUCAAUACGGGAGAGCACUAUGAGAAGGACCCAAAGACGGAGCUUCACCCCCGCCAGCUUCAUGGAGGAAGAUGUGGUUGACUUUCCUGAUGAAUUGGACACCUCGUUUUUUGCCCGAGACGUCUUGAUGCAGGAGGAGUUGUCCACGUACACGGAUGAGGUGUUCGAGCCUGCCUUCGAGGCCGCCGUGAAGGAGGCGGAGCCUAGCGGCAAGAAGGACGAGACGGAGCUGACGGGCAGCGCCCUGGACAAGACGGAGCUGGAGAGAAGUCACCUCAUGCUGCCUCUGGAGCGAGGGUGGCGCAAGGCCAAGGAGGGGACCCCCGGCCCGCCCAAGGUGCCCCUGCGGCAGGAGGUGGUGAGCAUCAACGGGCAGCGCCGGGGCCAGCGCAUCGUGGUCCCUGUGAAGAAGCUCUUCGCCCGGGAGAAGCGGCCCUACGGGCUGGGCAUGGUGGGGAAGCUGACGAACCGCACCUACCGCAAGCGCAUCGACAGCUACGUCAAGAGGCAGAUCGAGGACAUGGACGACCACAGGCCGUUUUUCACCUACUGGAUCACCUUCGUCCACCUGCUCAUCACCAUCUUGGCCGUGUGCAUCUAUGGUUUCGCACCAGUGGGCUUCUCCCAGCACGAGACGGUGGAUUCUGUUUUAAGAAACAAAGGUGUGUACGAAAAUGUUAAGUUUGUGCAGCAGGAGAACUUCUGGAUCGGGCCCAGCUCGGAAGCCCUGAUCCACUUGGGGGCCAAAUAUUCUCCGUGCAUGCGUCAGGACAAGCAGGUGCACGAGCUCAUCAGGGAAAAGAGAGCCGUCGAGCGCAACUCGGCCUGCUGCGUGCGCAACGACCGCUCCGGCUGCGUCCAAACCUCGGAGGAGGAGUGCUCGAGUACGCUCGCUGAGUGGGUGAAGUGGCCCAACCAUUCCAGCACUCAGCUGAACGGCAAGGUCCGGCAGUACGGCUCGGUGUGCCAUCAGGAUCCCAGGACAUGUUUAGAGCCCGCAUCGGGAACACCGCACGAAUGGCCUGACGACAUCACCAAGUGGCCAAUUUGUACCAGGUAUGACACAGGGAACCACACCAACCUGCCUCACAUAGACUGUACCAUCACGGGCCGGCCCUGCUGCAUCGGAACCAAGGGCAGGUGUGAAAUCACCUCCCGAGAAUAUUGCGACUUUAUGAAGGGCUACUUUCACGAGGAGGCAACACUCUGCUCUCAAGUGCACUGCAUGGAUGAUGUAUGUGGACUGUUGCAUUUCCUCAACCCAGAGAUCCCAGAUCAGUUUUACAGACUCUGGCUCUCGCUUUUUCUGCAUGCUGGGAUCCUUCACUGCCUGGUCUCAGUGGCUUUCCAGAUGACCAUCCUGAGGGACCUGGAGAAGCUGGCAGGCUGGCUGCGCAUCUCUAUCAUCUACAUCCUCAGCGGCAUCACCGGCAACCUGGCCUCCGCCAUCUUCCUGCCCUACAGAGCAGAGGUGGGUCCGGCCGGCUCCCAGUUCGGCAUCCUGGCCUGUUUGUUCGUGGAGCUGUUUCAGAGCUGGCAGAUCCUGGCGCUGCCCUGGAGGGCCUUCACCAAGCUGCUGUGCGUGGUGCUGUUCCUCUUCGCCUUCGGGCUGCUGCCCUGGAUCGACAACUUCGCCCACAUCUGCGGCUUCGUCUCCGGCUUCUUCCUGUCCUUCGCCUUCCUGCCCUACAUCAGCUUCGGCCGCACCGACCUGUACCGCAAGCGCUGCCAGAUCAUCGCCUCGCUGCUGGUGUUCGUCGGCCUCUUCUCGGGCCUCGUGGUGCUCUUCUUCGUCUACCCCAUCAAGUGCGAGUGGUGCGAGCUGCUCACCUGCAUCCCGUUCACGGACAAGUUCUGCGAGAAGUACGACCUCAACGCUCACCUGCACUGAAGCGAGUGCGCGGACGGCGACGGCAUCGGGUCGAGAGAUGCGGACAGUCCGCAUCUGCACUGCACCCCCUGUCGCCCCCUCUCUGUGGACCCUGACAUGCUUGUGUUUUAUUUUUCUCUGUCAGUAUGAACACCUAAAGCCACUCAUCAAAAGGACUUCCUUUCCCACCUCUCUCUCCACCAUUGUCACUGUGUCUCUACCCCGUGAGUCGAAGGCACGGCCCGUCUGAACCUCAUUAAAGCCCCUCGUACACGUGAGGCAGGACCUGGAGAAGCUGGUACAGAGAGAACAAAUAUCGUACUAUAUGUUCACACUCCACAGGUUUUAUUAUUCUUCAGGCAAGCUUCUACAAAAGCAGGGACAAAAAUAUCAAAUAUUGAUACCUUUGGUGCCUUGUUGAUAAAUGUACCAACUACUGCCAUAUUUUUGUUACAUUAUGCUGAGCACUCGAAUGUUUUCUGUGUUAAUUGCUUCUCGAGGAGUGAUUUGUUAUUUCGAAGGCGGCAGUGUUUUAACUGCCUUUACCCACGUGUAUAACUGAAGACAACAGUAAAGACGAAUCGAAAAAUGAAAAA